GGUAGGUUUGCUGCAACUUUCUCAUGACUGCCCAUGCAUGCAUGCAUGCAGUACAUAUCAUACAACAAAAUACAAAACUGAACCAGCAACAAACCGAUGCCCAUGAGAUUGACAUGGUGAUCGAGCUACAGCAGGCCGCCGGUCUUCUCCAACGCUAGACAACGAAGAAGGAGCAAUUAAUCAAGUAGAUCGAUUCAAUCCAAUCCAAUGGGGUUGCUGAUACCAGCCCGUCCGGAGCAAUGCACGUUGAGCCGUAUCGUGUCUCUCAUCACCGUCGGUGUCGUCAUCGUGGUUUGCACGUACGUCACAUCUUCUCCGGCCGGUGGCGACGCCGGGAAGGAGGAGUUCUUCAGCAUAUGGCACCGCCGAUCAUCGGAUUUUGUCCCCGACGAUCUGGAGGUGGCGCUGCGCGGCGCAGCGUACGCGAACAGGACGCUGAUCCUGACCAUGCUGAACAAGGCUUAUUCGGAGGAGGGCGGCCUGCUCGACCUCUUCCUCGAGAGCCUGAGGGAAGGGGACGGCACCGAGCAGUUGAUCGACCACGUCCUCUUCGUGGCCAUGGACCAGCAGGCCUUCCGCCGGUGCAGGAGCCUUGGCGGCCUCAAGUGCUACCUGCUCCGGCCGACGGACAGCGCGGACGACCUCUCGUCCGAGCAGAUCUACAUGUCGGACGGGUUCAUACGCAUGAUGUGGCGGCGGAUCCGGUUCCUUGGCGACGUCCUCAAGCACGGCUACAGCUUCGUAUUCACUGAUAUGGACGUGAUGUGGCUGAGGAACCCGUUCCCGAAGCUGGACCGCGGUGAAGGCGAGGACUUGCUGAUCAGCGCCGACAAGUUCAACGGCAUGCCGCACGACUACGCCGGCAACGAGCUGAACACAGGCUUCUUCUUCGUGGUCUCCAACGACCGGACGGUGGCGCUGUUCGACGAGUGGCACGCGGCGCGGCAGGUCUCGGCGGGGAUGAAGGAGCAGGACGUGCUGAACCGGAUGAAGCGGCGCGGCGCGUUCCGCCGGCUGCGCGUGGGCGCCCGCGUCCUGGACACGGCGCGCUUCAGCGGCUUCUGCCAGGACAGCCGGGACGCGGCGCAGGUGGCCACCGUGCACGCCAACUGCUGCCGCACCAAGCGGGCGAAGGUAGCCGAUCUCAAGGCCGUUCUUCGCGCCGCGGAGGGGCUCAACAGGACAAGGAUGGAGAUUAAGUGGCCAGCGCAUAGCGAGUGCGUAAAAUCGUGGUUGUGAGGCUAUCACCAUCUUAGGUCUCCUAUUUCACCCUCUAUUUUCAAUUUUACUUUACAAAUAGUAUCGUUUACAGUUUCGUGUCCCUA